GUUACAUUUCGCAAUAGUAUAAUGGGGAGUAUCUGGAAUGUUAUUCUCAUUUCUACAUUGAAGAAACGUGCUUCAUCUUGAAAUCAGUGGACAUAAAUAGCUUUUACACUUAUUCCACUGAGAAACAAUUAAAACUGUCGUUUAUGUUAAAAAUGGGAUUUACACUUCCUACAUUUGCGAGACAUCUACCAAAAUCCAAAAGUGACUUAAGUGCGUUCUGUUUUUUGUUAGCAGCCAUUCACAGUAUAGGGUUAUUUGAACUCCUGGUAGUGUUACCUUCCAUUUAUUCCACAACGACUCAUGCAUCAGAUGAAAGCGGUUUCUCGCUGUAUUAUUUUCACGUCUUCAUGGGUGUGUUCUUUUAUACAAAUGUGAUCUUGAAUUUGUAUAAAGUUAUGACAACAAAUACCAGUACAAGAGGCAAAGUUUUGCCAUCAAUACUUCGUCCUGGUUGGCGCUUCUGCUCAGUUUGUGAAAGUAAUUCACCACCAAGAUCUUUUCACUGCUUUGUCUGUAAAAGCUGUAUACUAAAGCGGGAUCAUCACUGCACAUUUACAGGAAACUGCAUUGGGCUAUACAAUCACCGUUACUACAUUGGUCUAGUAUUUUAUAUGUGUCUAGCAGCAGGUUAUUCAUGUUUUCUGAAUUUUGACUUCAUGUAUCAUCUCUUUGGGAGCACCUCGAUUAAAUCACUACUGACAGUACUGUUUCCAAUGGUAUCCUGGAUAUUUUUUCACACUGAUGCCAUGACUAGCUUUCAAGUUCUAAUGACAUCUCUUUGCAUUGUGGGAUUCUUCCUGUGUGGAGGUUUGCUGGCAUAUCACUUAACAAAUGCCUUGAAAGGCCAGAUAGUUUAUGAGCGAACAUAUAAUAUUGACACUUAUGACUUGGGAUGGAAAGCUAAUGUUUCCCUUUUACUAGGCACACAAUGGAAGUUAGCUUGGCUUUUCCCUUUUAUACAGUCACCCAUUCCCUGUGAUGGUCUUGAAUUUAUGACUAAACAGAAUUAUGAGUCUCUGAAAACAAUGUAAUGCAAGAUAAAACACAAAUUUUUCUUAACUUAAUUUUUUAAAUUGUUAAUAUUUUGUUAUUGUCAUUUAGCUUGAAAAUCAAUCGCCAAGACCAAAACCAUAUUUAGAAUAUGUGUUUCUUCGCCCACUGCUUUAAGAAAUUAUAUUUUAAAAAAAAACAGUGGAUAAAAUAUUAUUUUAUAUGUGUUUUAUUCUUUUACAUUGAAUGAAAAUUACUUAAAUCUCUUUAUUCUUGUAUACUUCAUUAUUUUACCCAUAAUAUGUUUUUAUUUUCAUACAAAUAUUAAUGUUUUGGAUUUACAUUCAACUGUUAUUGUUUCAAGGUUGCUUGAUUAAUAUUUUGAUAUGAAACUAUCUGCUCAAUUAGGGUGCAAAGUUGUCUGAAGACUGUGAAACUGAAUGUAUAUUUUGAGCUGUCAUUGAAAGCUAUUCAUUUAAAUACAUUUUUGACUUUGAUAUAAAGCUUCCUUUCUGUUAUGACUAAGGUCUAUUGUGACAUACAAAAGUUAAUUUAUAAUCAAGCUAGAACAAAAAUUGUCUUUAUUUUUCACCUGCAAGUGGUUCAAUUUUUAAAAACUUAAUUGUGUAAUUCAUUAGCUAAAAUCUUCUGUAAGUACCUGUAAGUCCCACAAGUGUAGACAAAAUUAUGAGUGAUAUGUUCUUUUUCGUUGUAAAGUGAUAUUCAAAUAGUACACUAUAAAAAGUUUAUGAAAAGAUGGACAUCUUAUGUGAAUAAAUUGAAUUUGCCAAUAAUAAGCUUUUUCGUUCUAUUUAUUACUAUGUAACAUUUACAUAAUGACUGCAUCUUUUGGACUAAACAUUGUAUGAAGGGCAUCGACAAAUUUGGACAAAACAUUGUAUGAAGGGCAUCGACAAAUCCAUUUGUCUGUUUGGACUCGCCAAAAUGUUUUCAGAUGUUGACCUUUCUUAUUUGAAUUUUUUUCAGAAUCAUCCCUAUGGUUUUGUUAAAAUUUUUGAAAGCCA